AUGGACAUCGCGAUGACGUCGGCGGGGAAGAUGCUUACCCGCCAGGUGUCGGCUGCGGUGCGGCUGCAGGCUGCUAUGCGCGGCCUCCUAGCACGUCGGCGGGUGCGGGAGAUGCGCGAUCUGCAGCUGAUUCAGCCCUGCACUCCUUGGCAGCUCCUCCAAGUUGCGCUUCGCUGCGCGGAGGACCUCGAUCUCGUCCGCUGCGUCGGGGAUCUCGGGCAUGCGGUUUCCCCCACGGGCAACGGCCAUGCUAUUUUCCCUGCGGGCGGCGGUUGGGGAGGCGCAUCCCUCCACCUCGUUCUCCAUCGAAAGCCCUCCGCUCUGCUCUGUGCGGUGCAGACCAGUAGCCGUCUGGCGGGGAGAAGGCGUGGGGUCACCAGCGAGAGCGCACCGCGUAGCGCCGUCGCAUGGUCACUGUUGCGACCACUUCCAGGUGGCCAUACACAUUGGUGGAUCAAUGCUAGUGGCACACUCAAGGUUUCAGAUUUUGAAUUGAGCACACUAUCUCGACAAGGCCAUUUUGGACCGAGCAGAGUUAGUGGUGGCGGUAUGGCAAACUACUCUGCAUUUGACAUGGGUUCACUUUGGAUAGAUAUGGUCUGGCAACCGGGUGUCGAUGCACUGGAAGAUGGAGAGGAGCUCCACUUUGAUCCUGAGGCUUACAAUUAUAUCCGAGGGUUCGGCAUUGGCUGGUCUUGCUUGAGUUUUGAUGUUGUGCGCGAUCAACUUGGACUUGUCCGAUCAGAGUUUCCCCACACAUUCUAUGGUGUUGCAGGAACGCAGGCUGACAAGGCUUCAAGUAAUUAUAUUGGCAUUUUCAAGCUUUCCAACAUAAGCGGGAAGAAACGGGAACCUGCACCAUCUUCAGCCAUUGAUGGUGACGCUGAUGUGGAUAGUGAGAGCAGCAGCGAUGAAGAAGAUGAAGAAACUAAUGAGGAUACAAGGCCCAUCCUACAUCUAAAAAAGGUGGCUCAUGCGGGUUGUGUAAAUCGGAUACGCUCAAUGACUCAAAAACCACAUAUAUGUGCUACGUGGGGAGCUACUGGUCAUGUUCAGGUGUGGGACUUGAGCUCCGUCCUUAAUUCUUUAGCAGAGUCAGCGACACCUGCACCCAAAGAAGAUGACAUAAUCCACAGACAGACACCUAUGAAAGUAUUUAGUGGCCAUAAAGCUGAGGGAUAUGCAAUCGAUUGGAGUCCACUUGUUACCGGAAGGCUUGUUUCUGGUGACUGCAAUAAGAGCAUUCACCUGUGGGAGCCGACUCCAUCUAGCUGGAACAUAGAUGCGAAUCCAUUUGUUGGACACUCAGCCAGUGUUGAAGAUUUACAGUGGAGUCCCACGGAAGCCAACGUAUUUGCCUCUUGUUCCGUUGAUGGAACGAUAUCAAUAUGGGAUGUACGUACAGGGAAGGAACCUCGUAUAUCUAUCAAGGCUCAUAAAGCUGAUGUGAAUGUUAUCUCAUGGAAUAGAAUUUGGGACCUUUCAUUGGAAAGAGAUGCAGAAGAGGAGGCUGAGUUCAGAGCAAAGAUGAAAGAGCAGGCAAAUACACCAGAAGAUUUGCCCCCACAACUUCUAUUUGUUCAUCAGGGCCAGAGAGAUUUGAAAGAACUGCACUGGCAUCCACAGAUACCCUCGAUGAUCAUAUCGACGGCAAUUGAUGGCUUCAAUGUCUUGAUGCCUAGCAACAUUGAUACAACCAUUCCUGGCAACACUGAUACAACCAUGGCAUCUUCUGAGCCAUAG